UAGCCUGGGAUCGUGUACAGAAGAGAUGGUGGCGAUAUCGUUAUACAAAGGAAACCUCCACCACCACCACAACCACCGUACCCCACCACCAGACUUCACUACACCGUCACCGACACCAACACCAACACCAACACCGCAUAAAUGGAUAAUGCCAACCCCAAAAAUUUCUCUAAAAGAUUUCAAAACCCUUUUACACCGUCGGUCCAAAGCACUCUCUCGCCUUUCUCAACAAUCCAAUUCUAAUCCCAUUGAUUCUCCUAUCCCAACUCAAUCAAAUGGUGGUGGCUCUUUACCAGACAUCGCCAAUCAAUCGAAUGGCGUUGCAGCUGAUGAAAAAGUGGUCAACUUUAAUGAUCCUUGUGCCGUUGAAAAUGAUUCGGAUACCGCCGCGGUCGAUGUUGCACAGGAAGAGGCUCCAGAGUCUGAUGUUCAGCCACUGCCCCCUAAAGAUGAAACGCUGACUGACAUAGAGAAAAGGAAGAAGGAAAUCGAAGAGAAGCUGCAAGUUUUAAAUGAAAGAAAGCAUAAGUUGGUACAAGUCCUGAAACAGAUUCUGCAUGCUGAAGAAGAGCUACGGAGACGAAGUAAUGUGCAAGGAGUUACUUGUCGCCCAUCCAUUUCUCUCCAAGUUGAUGUUUCGAAUGACUCUGGUUCUAUGAGCAGACAUGUCACGCCACGGCCUGGUUCAGAUGGUAACUGUGUUGCUGACUUGGACGGAGCAGAUGCUGAUGAUCUGUUGAAUCCAAACAUACAUCCUCGCAAUAUGACAAGGAUGAACAGCAUCUCACCGUCUUCAGAUUCUUUUCAUAGGCGAGGCCCCUUCAGUAUGGUUCCAAACCAUUCACGGGGGAAUUUAGGGGCUGUUGCUAUUAGCCCAUCACGCUUUGCGCCUACUCCAACUGGUCAACAAGGUAAUUUAGGAAUCCUGCCAACGGUAUCUGUAACAGGGACCAACUAUGUGGCCACCUCUCCUUCUCCUUCACCCGCAGGAUCAGGUGGCACUUCUGUUUUCAGGGAUGCCAGACUCCCCAGUCCGUGGAACUAGAAGCCAUGCCGAUACUAAGCGUCAAGAUCACCUCUUUUGGUAUAUUCGAUAUUGUACUAAUCUAGAAGUUGUAAAUAUAGAAACAGACAUGAAUCUCGUUUUGUUUAAACGUUGUGCUUUGAUGGUCUUGGUUUUUAUGGUAUUUCUCUUGAUAGUUCUUAGGUUUGA